GUAGUUCCUACCCACAGAAAUUCUUUGCCAAUUUUCACAACAUCAACCAUUUCAUAACCACCAUGUCAAAAGCGUCGGACCGUACUCCUGUCCCCGAUCUGGCCGAGGAUGAUGCCUUUUUCCCCUCGACAUUUUCUCUUACGCAGUACACGUCGCCCAAGACGGACUUUGAUGGCGCAAACUACCCAAAUGCGUACAAAUCCGGCAAGUGGAAAAUUCUCCUGAUCGCUACGCAGGAGCGUUAUCUCAAGAUGGCGGGCGGCGAGUUUUUCUCGACAGGUAACCAUCCUGUUGAGAUGCUUCUCCCGAUGGUCCACUUGGACGCCGCAGGUUUCGACAUCGACAUUGCCACAGUGUCGGGGGACCCUGUCAAGUUGGAGAUGUGGGCGUUUCCGAAGGAAGACGAAGCUGUCAAAGGCAUCUACCAGAAGUACAAAGAAAAGAUUCGCAGCCCUCUUCACCUUGAGGAGGUGUGGGGCAACGGCUUCACGAAAGACACCCCAUACAUCGGAGUCUUCAUCCCCGGAGGCCAUGGAGUGUUGAAUGGUGUCCCUUCCUCAGUAACGGUCGGCAACAUCCUCCGCUGGGCCCAUGCGAAUGAACGCUACUACAUCUCACUCUGUCACGGACCCGCCAGCAUGCUUGCGGCCGACGUCGGUAAACCGGAGGGUAGCAAGUUCAUCUAUGAAGGCUACAAGAUAGUCGUCUUCCCCGAUUCUUUAGACGCUGGCGCCAACAUUGAAAUUGGUUACAUCCCGGGCAAGAUGGAGUGGCUCGUUGGGGAGCGCCUUCGGAAACUUGGUGUCGAGACCCUGAACAAAGGGAUCACCGGGGAGACGCACCGGGACCGCUAUCUCCUCACGGGUGACUCCCCACUGGCUUCUAACAACCUGGGAAAGCUUGCGGCCCAAGUUCUUCUUGAGGACGUGGCCAAGCGCAACUAAUCUCUCGUCUGUUGGAUGCUGGGUGUUGAAUGCUGGGUGAUGCAUUCUGGGGAACAAUGGUAGGAGACAGCCUAGUUGGAAAAGAUUGGACAGCCACCGGGCCAAAAACUCGAGAUUGCCUAUUAUUUGAAAACCAAGCCGCCUACAAGCCAAU